AUGGCCCGAUCUGCUUCCAGGGAAACUUUGUCUGUAGAGUUUUGGGCGCAGGGCUUAGGCCCUGGACGGUUUCAUGCCUUCAAGCAGUUCGUUGGCCUCGCUGGCGAUGAAGAGGAGAGCGAGGACUGCUUGAACCUCAACGUCUUCGCCCCCGAGAAGGCAAAAAACUUGCCCGUCUUCGUGUGGAUCUAUGGCGGUUCGAGUGUGGAGGGCCAUGUAGGCUGGGACUUCUACGGCCCACUCGACAACAUCGUGCGCCGUCAUCCCUGCAUCGUCGUGGCCAUGAACUACCGCCUCGGCGUUUUGGGUUACCUGGCACUCAAGGAACUCUCGGCCGUGGACCCCCGAAAAGGCAGUGGCAACGCAGGAAUCACGGACCAGCAGCUCGCGAUGCGAUGGGUUCAGGAGAACAUCCAUGCUUUCGGUGGGGAUCCCAACCGCGUGACCCUCAUUGGACAAAGCUCUGGCGGUACGAGCAUCUGGGUUCAAGUAAGCAUCCUUGGUCACCUUGCCUCCCGCAGCAGCCGCGGCCUUUUCCACGGGGCCAUCUCGCUCUCAGCCUCGCCUAACAUUACCAUGGACCGAGCUGCGAAGGAGGCGCAGGACCGUGCGUUGCUCCUUCCCCACACGCCCUGCGCCGGCAUGAGUGAGUCCACGUUGCUCGAAUGCCUCUACACGGCGGAUUUUGGACCGUUUCUCCACAAGAACUUCGACAAAGCCUAUGGGGCGGAGGCGGUGGAGAAGAUUCGGAUGUUCUACGACAAGUACGAGCCGGCGCAAUAUGGCGUCUUUGCUCUGGACUCGGACACUGGGCUUGCGUGUGCUCUGAGGCGCUUUGCUAUGGCGGCUCGGGAAGGCUUCCGAUCGCCGGUGUACUGGAGCACGGUGACCAGCAUGCCGAACAGCACGGUGGCCUUGAUGUGGGACCUGCCCUUCCACAACUGGGAUUUCAUGGCGGCCGUUAAAAACUGGGACACCUUCGGGUACACCCCAAAAGAGAGUGACGUGGCCUUCGGUGAGCGCAUCCUUGGCGAUUGGUAUCAGUUCCUGACCCAGGGGAACAUCACAGAUCGCGGCUAUGCUCCCGUCCAGGCCACCAAAGCCUCCGAGAACGUCGUCGGCAACGAUGUCGGUGAGACAAAGACAUCCGUACGGCCGAACCACAAGCAUGACGUCUGCGAGUUCUGGGAAUCGAUUGGCGUGGACCAGCGGUGGUGGUGGAUCAACUGA